CGUAACUCCCUCUCUCUUGGUUCGCAACUUGCCUUCUGUCACCCUCCUCUCGUUUCUGUUUGAGUCUUACAUAUCUGCUUGUGUCUUACCGGUGGUACACACUACCUCGAAUUACCCGACGUGUUUGCCAUCCCCACUCCACAGAUCACUGCUGCUACUUCGCUGUCACGAUGACGCAGCCAGUCUACUUUGCUAAUGCUGAAUACGGAGCGGGAGCACGACUCUGCUUAAACAUUGCUGAGUGGACUAUCGUAUCUCAAAUUAACGAGCACAUCGCCCCUGGGGAACCCGAGGACGCAGCAAAUUUUGAUGCUCGUCCAUAUGCUUGCGCUCGCUUCCUUGUACAAAGGCAUCACCGUGGCGCUAUUCAGCAGGCUUUUAUGCGGGUCUAUAAACAAAUUCCCAUUGUGGGAACAGAGUCGGAGGGCGCCUGGGAACGUGCUCGGCAGGCCAGGCAGCAUAUCACCCUAGAAGUCACUGCCUUCCAGCAGUUUUCGAGACAAAACGUUACUUGCACUCCAAGCCUGUUUGAUAGUAAGCAGGAACAACAAAGAGUUACGGACCGUGUUCCGGGUGGCUUUCUGCACACCAUUGUCUGGAACAUUGUUCCAGGAAUCCGCCUUGGAGACGCCUGCGGUGAACAAGUAUUCUGGAGCCUAGCCCGUGAAGAGCGAGACCUCAUUUGCGAUGCAUUCGAGCGUACCCUCCCGGCUCUUCGUUCUACUGCGUAUGAACUCGCGGCAGGGACGGCUCAUACCCUUGUUUGGGAUGCAUCUACACGCAAACUUUACUUUAUUGGUUGGUUCAACUGCAUCCGAUUGACAUCCGAUAAACACAGCAAGCCUAGGAGCCCAAUCCUCUGGGCAGGCUGGGGCCUUGCUCGGGCACCCCAUAUGCCCUUCGCGGGCCCAUCAUGGCAAGGCCACACUCAUGAAUGGACAUUCUAGAUAUGCUCAGUCAGAAUAAGAUUGUGCGGUGGCACACGACGGUCGAAAGGCUGAGUGGCGGUCAAAUGGGCCUUAUUAUCAAAGGAAAAGCCCAGUGCAGUAAAUACCACUAUGGUCGGGACCACUGCUUGUGAAGUUCGAUAGUGAUUAUUCGACGACAGGCUGCUAGUCGGCUCCCUUCUUUCAGCUCUCAUCACACCAUUGUGGAAUCGAUGCCGAUCCAGACUAUGACUACUAGAACGUAUGAGGUAUAAGCUCUGAAGACGACCUCGGCUGCAUCUCUUUUCGGCCUUUACGUCAUCCUCCGUAGCAGAGAAUUCACGAAUCGAUCAGGCCAGACCCAUCUCUUUCCCUCCGCCCAGCAAGCUCGAUCCGAU